AUGAAAACUAUGAUUCUACUGUUUUGUCUUCUAAGAUCAACUCAGUCAUUACCAAUGCAACCCAAUCCUGCUUUGGGACUUCCUCCAGCAAAGCUUGUUCAUGAUCAGGCAACACAAUUAAAUCACCAGCAGCCAAACCAGGUCUUCCCUUCUUUGAGUCUGAUACCACUAACACAGAUGUUCACACUGGGGUCAGAUCUACAACUGCUAAAUCCUGCUUCAGGGAUGGCACCUGGUGCCCAGACUCACCCACUGAACCUGGGAGGGUUGACAGUACAACAGCAGCUGCACCCACAAAUGUUACCAGUUAUUGUAGCACAGCUUGGAGCCCAGGGUGCUAUCCUAAGCUCAGAAGAAUUGCCAGUGGCCCCACAAAUGUUCACGGGCCUCCUCAUCCACCCCUUAUUCCCAGGAGUCAUGCUGCCCACCAGUCAGGCAGGGCCUACUCCAGAGAUCCAUGAGGGAAUCCUUCCUGCAGGACAAGCAGGAGUAAACUCUGCCAUCCAGGGAACUCUAGAAGGUCACCUCCCAACUCCCAGUGGCACAGAUUAUAUGAUGGGAGUGACUGCCCCUGCUGGUCUCCAGAGGGGCACAUACACCACUGAGGAAACCACCACAGAGUCACCAAAUGGUAAGUUCUCCAAGCUAGGAAAAGAAAAUCAUCUGCGGAGUAGGAGAGUGUUUUGUCUUGACUUAGCAAGUUCAGGGCCAGAGAAAAUGAGGAAGCCUUUCUAUCCAUUCAUAGGUGACUCCAGCAACAAGAAGGAAUAUUUUAACUAA